CGGCGCUGCCGGGUGACCCCGGGAGCGGCCCCGGAGCGGCCCGCGCGCAGCCCGGUGAGAGCGGGGCGGCCGCGCUCCUCCCGCGGGGCUGCAGCGGCCCCCGCGCCCCGGCCCGGCCGUUACCCCGCGCCGUUGGACAGGCGGCCCCGGCACCGAGCGGGGCCCGUCGCGGAGCGGCAGGCGGCGGUCUCUCGGGAAGGGAGAAGCUGACCCGGAUCCCGCCCUCGGUCACUCCUCUGCAGGUCGCCCGCCCGCGCCGCACAGCUGUCCCCCAUGGCCGCGUGGUCCCGGGAGGCGGUUCUGACUCUGUACCGGGCUCUGCUGCGCCGCGGCCGCGGCCUGCGCUACACCGACCGGGAUUUCUACCUCGCCUCCAUCCGCCGCGAGUUCCGCCGGAACCAGGGGCUGCAGCGGCUGGAGGACAAGGAAAGGCAGCUGGAGAAGGGGCAGGCUUUCCUGGAGAGCAGGCUCGGGGGCCUAGUUUAGAAAUUCCCUGUAGCUCCCACCGGUCCCACGUACCUCCCUCUUCUUUCCAAAAUCUCCUCGCCAGAAGAGAUGAUUAACACUCACUGCCCACCACUUUCUUGAAGAAGUCCUGAAGGUGCUUCCACAGGCACUCCAGGAGGGCUCUCCUGUUCUCUUCACAAAUGCAUUAGGUCACAGGUGAGAUGGCAGGCGCCGGGCAGCGCAAAGGGAAGAAGGAUGACAACGGCAUCGGCACCGCCAUCGACUUCGUGCUGGCCAACGCGCGGCUGGUGCUGGGCGUGGGCGGUGCCGCCAUGCUGGGCAUCGCCACGCUGGCCGUCAAGCGGAUGUACGACCGGGCAAUCAGUGCUCCCAGCAGCCCCACUCGCUUGAGCCAGUCGGGAAAGAGAAGCUGGGAAGAGCCAAACUGGCUGGGCUCCUCCUCACGCCUGCUGACCCAGGACAUGAAGACCAGCCUCAGCCGCUCCCUGCAGACCCUUCCCACUGAUCCUUCAGCUGCAGACACUGACUUCUUUCGACCCACAAAGCCCAAGCCAUCUGCCAAGAGGAGUCAGGUGGAGCUGAAGAAGUCUCGCCUUCGCCUGUCCCUGCAGGAGAAGCUGUUCGCGUACUACCGGCGGCGGGUGGCGAUCCCGGCGGAGGAGCAGGCUCGGGCCAAGCAGGCGGCUGUGGAUAUCUGCGCGGAGCUGCGCAGCUUCCUGCGCGCCAAGCUGCCGGACAUGCCCCUGCGGGACAUGUACCUCAGCGGCAGCCUCUACGAUGACCUGCAGACCUGGAUUGGACAGCAGUCCCUGCUGCAAUAUCUCCCUGAUGGCAAGAUGCCCAUGGCUAUAGUAGUGACAGCUGACCACAUCCAGCUCAUUGUACCUCUCAUGCUGGAGCAGAACCUGUGGUCGUGUAUCCCCGGGGAGGACACUAUCAUGAACAUUCCUGGCUUCUACUUGGUGCGUCGAGAAAACCCAGAGUAUUUUCCUCGCGGGAGCAGCUACUGGGACCGCUGUGUGGUGGGAGGUUACCUUUCCCCCAAAACUGUAGCAGACACCUUUGAAAAAGUUGUAGCUGGGUCCAUCAACUGGCCAGCAAUUGGGAGUCUCUUGGACUAUGUGAUCCGUCCAGCGGCUCCCCCAGCUGAUUUGACACUGGAAGUCCAGUAUGAUGCGGAUCGGCAUCUUUUUAUUGACUUUCUACCAUCCCUGACACUGGGGGACAUCAUCCUCGUUGCCAAACCUCACCGACUGGCCCAGAAUGACAACUUGUGGCGACUGAGCCUGCGGCCAGCGGAAACGGCUCGCCUCCGCGCCCUGGACCAGGGGGAUUCUGGCUGCCGCUGCUUGUGCCUCAAGAUCUUCAAAGCGGUGUGCAAGUUAAACCCAGCUCUGGGACACCUCACUGCCAGCCAGCUCACCAAUGUCAUCCUGCACCUCUCCCAGGAGGAGUCAGACUGGUCCCAGGACAUGCUGGCUGAUCGCUUCUUGCAGGCACUGAAGGGGCUGAUCCGCUACUUGGAGGCAGGUGUCCUCCCUAGUGCCCUGAACCCCAAGGUGAACUUGUUUUCAGAGCUCACCCCCGAAGAAGUGGAUGAGUUGGGCUACACCCUCUACAGCUCUCUGUCGGAGCCAGAGGUCUUGCUGCAGACGUAAUGGGGCCUUACCUAGGGAAGUGCUGAUAGGGUUUAGCCAAUGCAGACUUCGAUUACUGCGAAUUAUGUCUCCUCCACUUCUCCCUGUCUCCCUCCCUCUCUCUCUUCACCACUCCCCCCUUUUGGUUCAUUAGUAAUUCCUGCUGUGGAGUUGGUGCUCCCACUGAAUUUCUUGGUGCUACUGGUCCAUUUCCACCAUCUCUGCCCCAACAGGUACCCAUUGGCUAGGGAAGAGAGGCUAAAACUGCAGCUCUGAGAUCUUCACAUAAAUUCUGCUGAGUUUUAACUGUCUACCAAAAAAAAAAAAAACCAAACUAUGCACUUCUUUCUUCUGUAGUACACUUACUGCAGCAAACCCUUUUUGGUCUGAAGAAGGUGGAACUGGGCUGGUAAAUCCAGUGAUGAUUUUAGCAGACUUGCACUGAGGUUAAUUUCCUCCAGCCUGAUUUUGCCCUAUGUUUCUUUUUCUCUGCUGUCCCACACUGUCUCACUUUCCUUUCUUUUAUGUCCUUUUGGCCCAGUCAUGCAGGGCAGACUGAGUGAGAUACUUUGGAUAGGAUUCUUUUUGUAUUUCUGAGUGGAUAAUGAUUACACUGGCAAUAUUUAGGGCUGUAGAGCUUGAGAUUGGAGAAUUCCCGCAGCUCCUGCUCCCGAGGAGCCUUCUCAUCCUUUGCAAGCUGGGUUCAGGAUUAAGGGCCAAAAUUUGUCCAGUCUGCUGCAACACAACGUCCUGUACAGGCAAUUUUUGUUGAAGCUGUCACAGGGGAGGAAGGAGCCUUUGUGGUCCGGCUGUGUGAUAAGGCUGAGGGAGCAGAUCUUGCUGUUCCUGCCUAGCCAGAUCUGCUGGGAAUGGCCUCGGGAGUGGAGAACAAGGCAGCUCUUCAGUUGUCUCUGGCCUAGAGGAAGAGAGGGUGGUUAUAGGGGAGGGGUAGGAGACACACAUGGGAAUGGGGAUUUUUUUUUUUUUCCAUCUUUGUCCCAAGAGCUUAUGGCUGUUUUGGUUUACUGGAGGUGGAAACAAGACUGCAUGCCUCAAAAAGGGCUUUGGAAUAAGCACACACAAGCCAGAUUCUCACCAGCUCUAAAGGCUGUGAAGGCAAUAAACUGAACUGGUGACAUCAGCAAGGUUCUGUCCCAUACAGUAGUAUUAGGGUACAUAUACAAAGCUGGCAUUUAGGGAUAUAUUAGCUUUGCCAUCUGCUCUGUGUGCUUUAGUCUCCUCCCCAGAACUGAGGCUGUCCGUCCCCUUCCUCAUUCCCACGUGCUGACUUUCCAGUGCUCUCAUUUUACAAAUACUCUUAGAAAACUGGUGAGGGCACACCUUCCCAUUCCAUCUGCUUGGACCUGUUGGCAGUGCAGUUCUGCUCACUCCUGUCCAUGGCUGCUCUCAGGCUGUAGACUCUUCAUAGUUGCAUUCAGCCACCUGCUGUCUUCAAAAAGUGGGAGAGAAGGUGUCUCCCCGAGUGUGGAUCUCUGUACAUAUCUCAAAAAACCAGCAUAAUUAUUGUUUCAGAAACAUGUUUGCCUUUUCCCUGCUUUAGGAGCUUUUUUCACCCUUGCUGUCCAGCCUCCUUAGCCAGUGGAGAGGAGUACUGUAGCAGCAGAGUUUGGAGGGAGCAGGAAUCCUUUUCUCCUUUUCUUCUCCCUUCCUCUCAGGACUUCCCCCAUCUUUGACCAAGAAGUUUCAAGGUGAAUUUCAGGAGUGGAACCACGGAGGGAAGUCUUUCACCCUGGGUUUUUUUUAGAGGCAGUGCUGGUGAGGUGAGGGAGGGAGCAAUUUCUCAGACAAUCCGUCCAUUUUAGCCGGUGUGUCGGAUAGCAUUCUGUAUACAGUGAUAACGCAACGUUGCAUUUUAAAUUAUUUAAUCCUUAGGGUACUGGUAUUUUCUAGACUGCCAGAUGUGUACUUUGGAGUCUGUGUGUGUGUAUAUAAAGUCUGUAGUCUAUCAAAGGUUAACAGGAAUCUCAUGUGUAUGACUUUGUGUUUUGUAAGUUUUGCAGCAGUCAGUGUUGUUCACCUGUUGAUUGCUCUUCACUCUGGUUCCCAGAUUUUUUCCCCUCUUCCUUCCCUUGCCCCCCACUGCCUUUCUGAUGUCAGCCUUCUAACCCUAAAAGCAGACAGAUGAGACUUGGAGCCUAUAGGCUAUUGGGGGGAAUUCCCCUUGUUUUUAAUUACUUGAAGGUCAACAAAAAUAUUAAAGUAUCUGGGUUGUCAGGAGUUCCCCCAAAGAUAAUUUCUUCAGUGUGAUGUCACCCCUCACUUGGUGCUGACUCCAGUACUGUGGUCUUUACAUUUUAACAGCAGUGUGGUUGAAAAUUAUUAAAACUCUAGAUACAAAAAAGAAAAGGUGAGAUAUGACUUGAGAAUAGUUGUCACAUCCAUAUCUGUAUAUAUAAUUUUUUUACACGAAUGCUUUUACUUCUUCCUGGCAACCUAAUGAAUUAAUAUUUUAUGGCCAUUUUUUUGCUGCUAUUGAGCUCAAUUAGUGUAUCAAAUGGAGACUGAAGCUGCCUUUUUGCCUUUUUUGUAGACUCUGCUCCACUUCACUUGCAUCAACCAUCUCCAUCAUUUCUUCCCUUCACUUUUGCCCUCCUCUGAGCUAGCCACGAGCCUGUUCUCAGGAGGCAAAUGAUCACUUCCUACAGGCAGCCACCACAGCAGGCAAUAGCUGCCCUGGCAGUGGCAGUCUUGACAAAGGCCAAAGAUGGGAUGGGUCACAGGGACACUGCAACUAGGAAUAUUUUAAGAGCAGAGUCAGGUGUAAGAGGCAAUAGAAGCAGGGAAGAAUGUAUAGGGAAAGUGUGCAGGAAACGUCCGGUAAUGCUGCACCCAGCCUGUGGGUCAAACAGAAUGUUGCAGAGUCUUUCAAACUGGCACCUUUCAGUAUUAAAUGCAGUACAUGUGUUGAUGUACAGCCUGGAGGGCUGGCUUACCUGCAGGUAGGCUCCUUCCUGGUCAAAUCUGUAGCACAGAGCAGGAGAACCUAAAGCUGAAUGUGAAAAGGGCAGCUCCAGGCCACCUUCCUGGCAGAGUGGCUCAGACAGAUUGAUUGUAAGAGGCCCAGGGCAUGCAUUGGGCUGGUGGCUGCCUCAGCUCCAAGAAUGUCUCCCUGUGUGCUGCUGUAGCUUAGCUCACACAAGCUUCCCAUGAGAUUGUCGUCUUAUUCUCUGUAACCACAGGGGGAGGACCAACUUGCUCAGCUGUGGGUUUCACUGCUGCUGAGCUCCACUGCUAAUCUUUCAAGUCAGAUGGAUUUAUUUUCUUGUGUUUAAAAGCAAUUAUGGAAACAAGAGGCUGCUUUCUGCCCCCUGGCAAGCUGCCAUCGGGGCCCUCAUUCUUAGCAUGUGGGCACGCAGUGAGAAGCAAAGAGAUGAUGCCUCAUCUCUCCCAGGCCUGGAGGCUGUGGAGUUGCAAAGGGGAAAGUCCAAGUGCAUGAUCUGUGACAGAGUGUGUGGAAUUCUGAAAUAAAAUUACUUUCCACGGUAA